CAGCUGACUUUACUGUUCAGUCCCAAAUGGAAAAUAUGAGGGAGUGGAGCAGCAAGUGUUUACUUCUACUGCUGAGACAAUAGCUACAGUACUACCUACCACAAUUAAAUAAAGCUUCAAAGACAUUGUGGACAAAAUCACAUGAAUGAAUAGCAGUGUGAAAUAACAUUUCAUAACACUGAGCUGAGUUUUGGAUGUUUAUACGGACCUGUUUCCCACUUUCAUGGCUGUAUCACAUGCCUGUAUUGACAGAAUUAUGUAUUUCAUGUCUUCCUCUAUUUCAUAUUGUAUACUGGUAAAAUUAAUGUACUGGAAACCCUCCAUAAAAUUGUGUAGGCCUAUUACUGUAACAUCCUCUGAGGGGCAGUAAACAGCACUGCUGUCUGUGCUGCCACAUGUCGGAGCAGUGUGUCCUGUCGUUGCCAUGGAAACAUAAACAAAGUCCACCGGCUGUAGGGGAAACCGGUCGAGUUCAUUGGGGUUUAGCAUGAUUACAUGGAUUGACUUGCUGUAUAGUUAACAGUAAAACAUUAUUUGUUUGUAGAUUUCAUCACCUUGACAGCGGUAUGUCUUACCCACAGUCUCCCAAAAAGACGGGACUGCCGAGAGAAGUGGUGAAAUGGCUGCAGAGCCUCGACCUGUCAUUUUAUCCGAAGAAUGUGCGCAGAGAUUUUUCCAAUGGUUUCCUUGUCGCAGAGAUAUUGUCUCGUUAUUACUCCCACAAUUUUCCAAUACAUUCAUAUGACAAAGGAACUUCACUUUCUGCCAAACAGAGGAACUGGAGCCAAAUAGAGAAGUCUCUACAGAAGCAGAAUCUGCACUUAAUGAAAGAAGUCAUUGAUGGAGUCAUCCACUGUAAACCAGGAGCAGCUGAAUUGUUGGUGCAGGAGGUUUAUACUGUCUUAACUAACCGGAGCAUCAGAGAAGUUCAACGCCCAAUGUCAGACUUCACUGACCAAGAGUACCAGGAGCUUCUGCCCACAGUGGCCCGUUCCACAGCCUCCAAGGCCAUCAAGAACAACCUGAGGAUGACGGAGAUCAUGGCUGAGCCCGACAUUAGCACAAACCAGAGGAAGGCAGAAAUGAUCCUCCACAGGCACCUGGAGCACAAGGCUGCAGAGAGGAUACUCAACCCCGGGCGUUUUAAAGUGCAGCCUAAUCUGGGUCGGCUGGCAGCCAAAAAUCUUCUGUCAUCCAGUGGCUGUGAUGAGUGCUUUGCUUCAUAUGGAGACACUACAGCAAAGUUGUGCUCCUCAUCGACGUGGAGAGGAGCUGCUGUUUCCUUCAAGGAGAUAAAGGUGCACCAGCCUGUCAGACGCUCACUGGUUUAAUAAAGGAGCUGGAUGGAGCUCUGUGCUCUGUUAUUAUAUUAUGUGUGUGUCACUUAAUGUAUUGAUGUGUCACAGUUCUUCAGAGCAUAGCCUAUUUUAACUCUUGUGCCUCACAAGUAUAAAGUGGAGUAUAAUUUGUUUUGAAAGACAGACAACGUCACUGUUUGUUACGACUUGUGUAAUGUCACUGUGCCACCACCAUGUCUGGGCUAUGCCAGUUUGUACCAGUAGGUGGCAGCAUUGAGUCAUGAGCACAGUUCUCCUCUAUGUCUUUCAGACUAAUACCCACUGCUGUAGGUGUACCAUUGACAAAAAGAGGAAAUAAAUCAGUGUGUGCAGCCAAAACUGACUAGCUUGCUGUUCAUCUGUUUGUGUUGCUCACUGUCCUAAGUACUAAGAUGCUACUCCUGAUGUUUCUUUUCCCACUAAUGGACCAUUUUCACAGCAGGCAUUUUGACAUGUCAUAAUAGGAAAAACAGGUGAAAUUGAUGACAUUAAUAUCACAGUUCCAUUAAGUGUCUCAGUGAGCUAUUCCAGUGAGCCAGCAUGCAUCACAUCAGGACAUCCCCUAAAUUGAAUACAGCCAUCAUUAAUAUUGUUAAAUACACCUGUGAUUUUCCUACAAUGACAAGCCAAAAUAUCUGCUAACAUGCAUCUUCCCUUCUUUACUGUCACUGAGGCAACACACAGAUUUUUUUUAAUCUGCAUUAUAAGAAAUCACGAUUCGCCAAAUGCUGGUAAAAUGAUGUGCAACUUAUAGCUGAUUCCUAAAUUGGAUUGCUUGAUUUAAGGAGUCACAGUAAAAACUUUUUCUCUCGUUUCUCAUUUCAUCAUUAAUGUUGUGAAUUUUCUAGCCCUCGGUUGAAUAGAUUUCAACACUUGGAUAGUCUGCAGUGUCGAUAUGUGUGGAAUACUACAUGAUGAAUCACAGGCCUUGACUUUCAAAGGUGUUUUUCUGUGAAUAUGUCAAUAAAACUUUGCCUGUGGUUACACAAAUUAAAUGCACUGACACAUCUUGUGCCAUCUAGAGAAGCAGAAGAAGCUAAACAAUUGUUGUGGGUAAAAAUGCCAUUCCUGUGAUAAUGAUUGUGUAGCAGUGUCCUCACCUCAGUGGUUAUGGAGGGAUUUUAGGAACUUGUCAAAAAGGAGGUAACGCAAGGAUGUAACAGAUCACUAAUGUUUUUUCAUACUGGAACAAGAGAGGACUUGUCCACACUGUCACCCAAUUUAAUUUUGCAGGCCCAAUAUCAUCUAUUUUAAAGCUUCUCCCAUUAGUGUUAACAUAACCCAGUUCUGUAUUUUAGCCACGACUGUCCAAAUUUAACAUGGAUCCUGAGUUUGUUGGAUGCCCAUUAGAUUGUAGGUACACAUAGAUCCUCAGCAUUAAUGACACAAUAUGUGGUGCUCCUUUAUUGGAUCUGUGUGUGUGAUCUGAACUGUGUCAUGUCACCAUGUCUGUACAGACUACACACGAAAACCCCCAAAAGUUUCUUUCCUGACAGACACAUUUUGAUGUUUUUAAUUAUUUAGUCAUUGUGAGCCAGUUACAGGAGAGUAAUUCUGCUUGUGGUUGAUGAUUUUUUCAGGAGUGCAACAACAGCUUCUUACAACCUAAUGUAUUAAAGAUGCAUUCAUUUUUGAGGACAGACGAGUUCAGUUUUAGGUUGAAGCUAACAUUUAAAUUCUGUUUUCUUAUACUUUUUAAGCAUCAGCUGUUUAUAAUUUACAAUAAAAACUGCA